AAAAAAAAAAAAGAAUAAAUAAAUGUGUGUGGGUGCUCGCGUGCUCGCGCAGUGCCCCUCCCUCAUGCGUCCUACGGCAGAUUCACGCGCUCAAACCUCCGCCUGAGCUCGAGCGCGGGUAGUGCGUUGUUACAGGAGUUUUAGGAUGGCAGACAGUGAAUCCAUAAAGAAAAUGCUCAGGUCUGUGCUGCAGUCCAGCAAAAACGGCGUGAAUAUCAGCAGCCUGCAGGCCGACUACAAGUCACUUUGUGGGGAGGCCAUCCCUCUGAAAAGACUGGGCUUCUCCAACUUGGAGGACUACCUCCGCAGCAUCCCAUCUGUGGUCCGCCUGGAGUCUCGUCAGGGCUUCCUUGUAUGUUUUGCGACUGUGUGCAAAGAAACAGCACAUAUAGCUGAAUUGGUGGCACGGCAAAAAAACUCCAAAAAAGCUGGACGAUCUCAGGUUGUCAACUGCAAGAUGAGAUUUAAACCCUCUAACCCCUAUGCCCUCAGUGUGAAACCCAAGGCAUCUCUUCGGCAGCCAUCCAACUGUUCAAACAGGACCAUUAACCGACAGCCUGCUCAAGGCUCCGGAGGCUUCAGUGCAUCAGGAGAUGUCAGAAAGCAGGACCCUCGGCGGAGUUCUGUCAUCUCUGUGUACCAAAGACCGCCAGUUGUAAACCAAAGGCCUCCAGUCAAAUCUCCCACCCAAGAAAUGGCCUCAACACAAGCCAACAAAGAUGAUAUUGUUCAAAUAAAUCCAAAUGAUUUUAAUUUGGAGCUGGAACAGAGCAGACUCUCUCAAGUCUUGAACAAAUACAAGAAUGGACUAUGGAUGUCCAAACUACCCGCAGUCUACAAUAACAUCUUUAAUCGGCCUCCUCAUCCCAGGACCCUUCUGGAGCUGGAAAAGUGGACACACAUUUGUUCUCUCGAGAAACCUUCAAUCACCAACAGAGCUGAUUGUUUGAUAUACCCUCCUCUACCUCCUCCAACAUACAGAAAUACCAAUGGGCCAGAUGUAUCACCCAAUAGCCCAGCUUCCACACCUCUUUCAUCCCGUUCGUCAACUCCAGAGAAGGCUCCAGCGCCUGUUCCCAAAAUUUAUAUGGCAAAACCCACCUUUGUUUUUCCUCCUGGAGCUAUUGGAGAUGGUUUACAUAUGGUCAGUUCUCCAAUUCCAGCAUUGGUGCCCCAUUUUAUCAACUCUGACUUUGGAGAUGGUCCUAACCUUCCAGCUGCCCAAAUCUCAUGUUCCAGCUCAGCUUCUUUUCUCCAACCUAGUCCUGACAUUCACACUCUCUCAAAGGCUAUUUUCAACACAAAAUCGGAUCUGUCACCUCAAACCCCCAAAGCAGCUUCUGCAAGCACAAUUUCAGAAAAUGUACGACAGAAAGUAAAGGAACUUCUCUUCAAGUACAGCAGUGGUCUUUGGGUUCAGGCUGUGCCAAAGAUUUUUGAAGACACGUACAAAAUGCCACUUCCUGAACAUGCACUUGAUGACUUGUCUCUCUGGUUGGACAUCUGCAGUGUAGAAUACCCCUUUCCCAAUGACAAGAAGAAGGCAAUCUUGUAUUACUCUGGCCGAGGUGACUCGAAGACCACAGAAGAGCAAGCUCACCCUCUUCCUUCAGGCCUGGAGGUUGUGGGGGCCACAGCUCCUCCACGUUUGGCUUUUCCCUCAGAGCAGUACCCAUCAGUUCUGGUCACUGAUGCCAAAGGCAGCAAUGCAGUUACUGUCAGAUAUGUUGGCAAAAACUACUCAAAUGCCCAGGAAGCCAUGGAGGAAGCGAUGUGCAGCUUUUACAGUAAAAGACUGACAGGCUACUCUCUCAGUAAGGUCACGAUUGGGCAGCUUGUAGCUGCCAGAGAGGAUGAAGAUGUGGCCAGAGCACAGGUCAUGGAGGUCAUAAAUCCACAAAAGGUCAAGGUGUAUUAUUUGGACUAUGGCUGCUCUUUAGAGACAAGUGCACAUAAUCUCCGGGAGCUGCACCAAGACUUCCUCUCUCUGCCAUUUCAAGCUAUUAAUGUUAAAUUGGCAGGUCUUGAACAUUUUAGCUCCCACCCUUCAGUGCUGUCCAUCUUUGAAAAACUGGCCAUUGGAAAGAUUCUUCUAAUGGAGACACUGGAGCCCUGUCAACACAAUGACACUCCUCUUGUGGUGCUGUAUGACACUUCGGAAGCUGAAGACCUCAACAUAAACUCAGCCUGUCUGAAAGUUCUGCAGGACGAGACCAUGAACAACCCGCUCACUAUAAAUGUCACUUAUCAGGAUGUGAGUGUCACAAAUGUAUGUGCUGAUGGCAUUAUCUACUGCCAGCUACCAUCCAGAGGAAUGGCCAGACUCAUGAAGUUACUGGAGCAAACAGAGGCAUUCUUUAAAACUCAGGUAACAUCAGAAUCUCUGGUCUCCAGCCCGUUCACUGGGAAGUUGUGUCUUGCACGCUACAAAGGGAAAUGGUCACGAGUGGAGGUCGCCAAUAUUUAUGGUAACAGGGUUCUAGAGACUCUGUUCAUUGACUUUGGAGUGACAGUGACUAUUGAAGUCACUGAGCUCAGAGAGAUCCCCCCACUGUUACUCAAAGACUUCAUCAUCAUCCCACCACAGGCCAUCAGAUGUAGGCUGGAAGAUGUCCAAGUGCCAGAAGGAGGCUGGAGUCCAGAGGCUGUCAAAUGGGUUAAGAAAGUGGUUCUUGGUGCUGAAGCUGCUAAAAUGACGAUCCGCAAAUUAGAUUAUCAUAAGGGAAACAGACUUGUCUACAUGCACCUGUUCCUUGGAGUAGACGGUUUGGAGGUUGAAAACAGUGUCAACCAUCAGCUUGUCCAGUCAGAGCUCUAUCAGAAACACAUAAACAACAAGACAGACACAGGGCUCAGUGCACUUGUGGAGAGGUUGACUAUCAAGACUUCAGUUCCUUUUGCCAAUACCCACCAAGCGACAACAGUUGGAUUAGAAAAAGAGGGUCUGUCUGUAAAGUGUACAAGCCCCAAAAUGGACUCCCUGUCAAUGCCUCCACUGUUGGAUCUUCCCCAGAUGGGUCAAAACAUGGAUGUGUUUGUGCCUGUGGCCUGUCAUCCGGGAUACUUUGUGCUGCAGCCAUGGCAGGACCUGCACAAACUUGUGGUGUUGAUGGGUGAAAUGGUUCUUUACUACAACAAAACAUCAAAGACUAGCUCACAGACAGAAAUCAAGAAAGCAGAGGUGUAUGCAGCUAAAAUUGACAAAAACUGGCAUCGGGUGCUUGUCAAAGGAAUUUUAUCAAAUGGGCUGAUUUCAAUCUAUGAGUUGGACCAUGGCAAACAUGAGUUGGUCAGAAGCACAGCAAUUCAACCUCUGAUUGAACAAUUUCGACAACUGCCUUUCCAAGCUAUAACAGCUCAACUGGCAGGGUUGUCACGGCUCCAAUGGUCCGAAGAGGCGUCCAUAGUGUUCAGAAAUCAUGUAGAGAAGCGUGCGCUGGUGGCUCAGGUGGACAGUGUCCAGGAGGCUCCAGACGUCAGGGCUGCACCAUGGGAGCGCAGGCUCACUGUGUACCUAGUGGACACAACAAUGGAGGACAGAGACUUGUGGAUUCAUACUGUCAUGGCUGACAUUGGUGGUGAAUUGACCAUGGCAGCUUAGGGUUACAAUGUACCGUUCAAAAAUAUCCAAAGACACAAAAUGUGCUGAUAAGCAGCUACUUGUUUGUAAAUUGAAUUUUCUUAAAAAAAAAGGUAAUCACUAAUAUUCCUUGGUCAUGUUUCCAAUGAUAGUUUUAUGUUCUGUAAAUUGACGAACUGUGAUUAUUGAAUAUGUUUGCUCACCCGUGUGUUGCAUGUUUUGUUCCUUUGCAUGCAGUUGUGUGGCACUUAAUUUUGUCUGUAAAUAUUGUUAUUCAGCGCCAAGUAACUAAACUUUAUCCCGAUUUAAAUCACGCUGAACAAAAUUGUUAAAAGUAUUUGACUUAAAAUAAGGUAAAAAUGUCUUCUAUUAAAAGCGAGUCCCGUUGAAGUUGACUGAGUGGCUGUCCUUGAGGGUCCAGCCUGCUUUGGCUGCUCCUGUCCCGUUGUUUUGCUCUGGUUUCGCUCGGUGUAGGUCCAGUCUAUGACAUCAGCAGAGUGACAGGGCAGCCGCGCGGGGGGCAGGAGGAGGAGGAGGAUCUUCGCCUCCAUAAGUUUAGUUUGCCCUUAGUGGGAGAUGAGAUUCAGUCACUGCGCUCUCAACUAAAGCAGACCUGGACAGAAAUGGCCGCUGUUACUUGCUGAAUUUAGGAGCACAGCGCGGCCCGGGGCCCGUCCGGCGCAGUUUGGAGACGCUGGUUCGUGCAUUGGAAGUAGCGCGGUUUUAGCGUGUGGAGUCCUCUGCUCUGGAGGAAACCAUAUCUGGUCAAAGUAUUCGUCCUGUCACCCGGCGGGACGCCCGGCUAUAAAUAGUGCUGGAGGAGAGACAGAUCACUGUGAGGGUGCUGUGCUCUUUUGUGACCUGUGGACACUGUUGGACUUCAUCAGAGGUUCUUCCAGAAGACUUGCUGUGCUUUCUGGCGCUCAGCCUGCCUCUUCAUCUUUGGAGUGUGUCUUCUGCUGAAGCCUAGACAAAGCAGAGCACAACAACAGCACGCACAAUCUCCACUUAGGAGAGCUUCAGGCACUUGGCUGCCUUUGCACAUCUAAAGGAGGAUAUCCUUGGGGCCCUCUUCCGACCCCCAUAUUUAUAGUGUUAUCUUCUCACAGGGGGUUACCAAGGU